UGCUGCCUUGUAGUCGGCAUCUGUUCAUCUUCUCACACGGUUGAUCGUCUUAACCUGGGGUCCCAAAGUUUCAGGCUGGCUGAGUUGCAGCCAUGGAGGUGGCCUUGGUAAACUUUGAUGGCCUAGAGCCUCUGGACAUCAGCCUUGAGGACGAGGUACAAGGCUACGCUGAUCAAACCACGGCUCUGACUGUGGAUCUACCCUCAGUUCACCAUGUCCAGGGCGGAAACUUCCUAGCACAUUCGAAUCAGGUGUCUGCCGCACCCUCCUUCCACAACACAAUGCCCUCCUGUAUGUGGGGGGCCAGUUCUUCGACACUUAGCCCUUCUACGCAAAACCUGGUGGUUUCUGAAUCUCCGCCAAUGCCAAGUAGACAGGGUCGCCCCAGCUGCUCCAGCAUCAUAGCUAACUGGAAACUCCUGCUAAGUAAUGAGAGCACAAAGGACAGCGAGACCGUCUUCACCAGGCUUGCCAGGGAGUGUUGCGAAGAUAUGUUUGUAGACAGAGGAGAACUCAGAGAAGGUGAUCAGAAGGUUGUCAUCAACAUUGCUGGUCUACGUUUUGAAACACAACUCAAGACGUUGGACGAGUUUCCUGACACUCUGCUUGGGGAUCCCGUAAAGAGGAUGGAGUUCUUCGACCCGAUGAGGAACGAAUACUUCUUUGAUCGUAACAGACCCAGUUUUGAUGGCAUCUUGUACUACUACCAGUCGGGUGGAAAGAUAAGACGACCAGCCAAUGUUCCAAUUGACGUAUUUUCUGACGAGAUUGUCUUCUAUCAACUUGGGAGUGAAGCUUUGGAGCAGUUUAGAGAAGAUGAAGGAUUCAUUAAGGAUGUGGAGGUACCUCUUCCUAUCAACGAGAUGCAUCGACAGUUUUGGUUGCUCUUUGAGCACCCGGAGAGCUCGAAUGCAGCCCGCGGUGUUGCUUUGGUGUCAGUUAUAGUUAUUGUUAUAUCCAUCAUUAUCUUCUGUAUGGAAACGCUCCCAGAGUUUAGAGAUGAUACCGACCCCGUGGUUCCCACGGUUCUGCAACAGUUCAACAAAUCCACAGUGUCUACAGUGGUAACCAAAACAAAACUGACAACCUUCUCCGAUCCCUUUUUCUUCCUCGAGACUUCCUGCAUAGCCUGGUUUUGUUUUGAGCUGUGUGUGCGAUUUCUAGCCUGUCCAAGCAAGCGGGAGUUCUUCCACAACAUCAUGAACACCAUUGACAUCAUCUCCAUCAUCCCUUAUUUUGUUACCGUCGUCACAGAAAUGGUCUCCACGCCAGAAAUUAACUCAGGACAGAACAUGUCCCUGGCUAUUCUUCGAAUUGUCCGUCUCGUGCGAGUGUUUCGCAUCUUCAAACUCUCCCGUCACUCCAAAGGUCUGCAGAUUCUGGGACAGACGCUAAAGGCAAGCAUGCGUGAGCUUGGGCUGCUCAUCUUUUUCCUCUUCAUCGGAGUCAUACUUUUCUCCAGCGCCAUCUACUUUGCAGAGGUAGAUGAUCCCAGCACACAGUUCACCAGUAUACCUGAUGGUUUCUGGUGGGCGGUGGUGACCAUGACCACUGUGGGCUAUGGGGACAUGUGUCCCAUCACGUUGGCAGGUAAGGCGGUGGGCACCUUGUGUGCCAUUGCAGGUGUGCUGACCAUUGCGUUGCCAGUUCCUGUGAUUGUCUCUAACUUUAACUACUUCUACCACCGAGAGAGGGAAUCAGAGGACAAGUGUCUGAAAGUAAAUGUUGAGGAAGACGGAGAAAAUGGAAACAAAAAUGACAGUAGCACGUCACUCAAUGUGCCCAACGGUGUCUCCAGAAGAAACGAGAAAAGAAAUAAUAGUGAAUAGGAUACAGAGAGUAAAAAAAGAACAUAUUUAGUUCAGAAGAAAUUUUAAAUUUCCUUUACAGAACUUUGAAACUAGUACUCUAGUUUUUACCGACACAAAAUUAGAAACAACAAUUUGCAACAACAGCUAGCAGCGGAUACGCUGUUAAGAGGCUGCCGCUAGCAAGCGCCAAGCAUGUGGUCCAUCUGGAAAUCAAUUCCCCAGAACUCUCUACUCUCUGAUUGUAAGGCAGGCGUGCUAACCGCUACACUAUGGAACCGACAUCUACGCACAUAUAAUAUUUCUUGGAAAAUGAUUUGCUUUGCCUUACAAUAUGUACAAGAAAGUAGUGUUGGGGUGUUAACCUUCAACUGUCCUUCAACAUUAUCCAUGUAUAAGACAAUAAGAAGCGCUACACACUCUUUUGUUGAUUAAAAAUGUCUAAUAGUCGAGUGAGAAUAGAAAGCAAGUACAGCUGGUCCUCACUUAACGACGUAUCCAUUUGACGACCCUUAUAUUGCUAAGAGUUCAAAGCUAGUUCUUGGUCCUGUUUCCUCAGUUCUUAGACAGUUAUCUGAAAUCAUUAUUCCUUAAAGUAGCAUGAGUUCUACCUCUGAAAGAAGUUCAUCCUGUUUCCCCUUUGCACUAAAAUGUUUUUCACAAAACACAAACAAAUGUUAAAAAAACAAAAAAAUCUUACCAGGGUGUUUUGAGUGUAAUGUAUGCUGAUGAUGUUUCACCUUUUUUUAAUUAAAUGGAAGUGGUUGAAGGGUGAUUAAUAAACAUUAAUUUAAUGUGAUCACAUGGAUGAAUGUAUCUGUACAUAACUUCACUUUAUGAUGAGACUGUUGAUUUAGACGAGGCAUGGGCAAACUUUUUGACUCGCGGGCCACAACUGGUCCUAAAAUUUGACCCAAAGGGCCGGGUCGGGAGCAGAUAGAUGGAGCGUUCGUGUAACUUAGAGAAAUGACAUGUAAAAGUCAUGCUCAAUGCUAAAAUCCUGAAAUGCUUUUAGCUUUUUCUACGCCAUCUAUUGGGGAAAUGCGGGCAUUUACUAUAAUUUAAUAAUGUAAUUUGGACUAGUUUGGCGGGCCAGAUUAACCGACCAAAUGGGCCACAUCUGGCCCUCGAGCCGUAGUUGUUGUGCCUGUUCUAAUAUUUCAACUUGU